AAAUAUGAGAUCCCACAAUAUUUCACGUGCUUAGAGUUUUCUCCUAAUGGAGAUGUCAUCACUGGUGAUUCAAAUGGCUCAAUCACAGUUUGGGGAAAAGUAUCAAAGAAGAUCAAGUUUGUUGUAAGGAAUGCACAUGAGAAAAGCAUUUUAAGCUUACGAUUAUUAGAGAAUGGGUCUCUGUUAAGUGGUGGCUUGGAUGGCAAAUUAGCAGCAUGGGAUGCUAAUAAAUAUUUCAAUACGCCGUUACAAGAAACUCAGGUGAGUGGGAAUUUAUCAAAGAAGAUCAAGUUUGUUGUAAGGAAUGCACAUGAGAAAAGCAUUUUAAGCUUACGAUUAUUAGAGAAUGGGUCUCUGUUAAGUGGUGGCUUGGAUGGCAAAUUAGCAGCAUGGGAUGCUAAUAAAUAUUUCAAUACGCCGUUACAAGAAACUCAGCUGGACAGUGGUUUUGGAGGAAUCUGCGCUAUUGAACCACUGCGCACAGGCCAUGGAGAUGACAUUGAUAUUCUUAUUGGGGUGACGAACAAUAACAUUGUAGAGGGCUCCCUAAACACUCCUUUUCAUCCAGUUGUUCAGAGUCAUAAGGACGAGGUUCAUGCCCUGGCAGUGCACCCUAGUGAGACACAGUUUAUUAGUGCAUCACUGGACCACUCGGUUUCUUUGUGGGAUGCUGAGACCCAUCAAGUUAUUUGGACAGUCAAGGUGGAGUUUCCUGUCAAGUCAGCAGAUUUCUAUUCAACUGGUGAUAUUUUGGCAUUAGGCACCACUGCAGGAAGAUGGAUGGUCUUGUCAUGUGACUCUGGAAUGCAUAUUGCCUCAUUUCAAGAUGGCACAGUCCCCCUAUCUGAUCUGGAAUAUGCAAAAGAUGGCGAACACAUUGCAGUUGCUUCCCAUGAUGGCAGCAUUUAUGUUCAUGCUGUGUAUGAUGAGGGGACAACGUACAGAAGAGUUGGCUGUUGUUCGGGUCACAGUGAACCAAUCAUGUUUCUGGACUGGUCACUUGAUGGUUGCUUCCUUCAAAGUUUGUCCACCGAUUAUGAGCAUAUUGUUUGGGAAAUUGGUGAAUUUCAAAGAGAAGAAUCACAGGAUAUUAUUCGCGAUGUUGACUGGUCCACAAGAAAUGUCAUGCUGGGCUAUGAUGUAGCAGGUGUUUGGCCUUCUCAACCAGAUGAUGGCAACCUUGUGAACAGCUCCGAUCUGUCCUGGUCACGUAAGGUUUUUGCUGUCGGAGAUGAGUUAGGAUACAUUCGUUUGUUUAAAUUCCCAUGCAGUCAACCUGGGGCUCACUAUCACCAGUGGCGAGGUCAUAGCUGUCCAGUCACACGCAUGCUGUUUUUAGCAUCAGACACCCACCUCCUCACAACUGGCAGUCGUGAUUUCUGCAUUCUUCAGUGGACAGUGGAAGGAAAGUUUCCAGUACUUAAUGAGGAAGAGGAGUCCGACAUGGACAAUGAGAUGGCUCACACUGGUAGGCGUCAAAUAAAGGACAACCACAAACUUUCAGACAAUAACAGCUACCAUUCAGACUAUAGCCCUGAUGAACAAGAGGACGAUGACUAUGAAUAUUCUAAAAAUGUUGCUAGAGGAAAACAGGCAAGAGGUCAGCAACAGCCUUCUGAAAACAGCCGUUAUUCAGAUGCUGCAGAUUCCUUGCCGCAUCAAGCACCUCAAGGACGUGGGCGUCCAUCAAGGAAGAGUCGUCAUUUGGAUCAUCAAGGAGAGGAUACCAGAGCUGUGGGAAGAAGCCCACGGCGUAAUAUCCCAGCUCAGGACACCAGGUCACAGCAAGGUUCAUAUGCAGAAAGGUUUAAUAAACACAAAGCUGGUAGCAAUGCUAGGUGGAACCCACAAUCAUCCAGUGAUCCACAGCAAGAGCCUGAAGAUAUGGGGCACUAUUCUGAUGAAGAAGGCCCAAGGCAGCAGCAAGGACAUGCAGGUAGAGGUGGGGGAAGGAGCCGCCACCCUGCACGAGGACAGGAUAAGGAAUGGACCAGGAGACCUAGGAGAUAGCAAAUUAGCAAAUUCCAAUACAGUCAUGUAAAUUACUGUCAGUGUCUAAUUUAAGAUGACUAACAGGAAACAGUAUUUAUAUUAAACCCAGGAGUAUCUUCUUCAGUUUCGUUCCUCUAGUACUAAUGUAACCUGAGACAAUCAAACUGCUGAUCUGUUGUAGAGGUAUUUAGUAAGGCAACAUAAUUAUCAUUGAAUUGAAACUAAAAUACUUUUUGCAAAACAAUUGCUCAAGCCCAUGGAUAAAGUAACAAUUUCUGAAGGUUUAUGUGACUUACAAUUAAAGGAAUGCCUUCGCAAACAUUUUUCUCCGAGGUGGUGUCUUUAGUUCGCAGAUGGUCUUUAUGAAUUUCACACACAAACAUAAUUUAGCCUUGCAAAUGUAGGCAAAUCUGAACUGUAUUCCAUAUUGUUAAUAUUUUCAUGGAAAUAGUUAUAAGAGUAAUGAAGAAUUUAUAUCAUUAUGCAUAAAGUAUUUGUAGCCAGAGCAUAUGUCUGGGCCAUACAUAGGUUUUAUAUCUUAUUUAAUGUUUUUCAUUUCAUAUUUAAAUGAAAGUUUUUUAUGUAUUUUAUAUUACUAAUACAACCAUGUGUAUAAGCUACACAAUCUGUUACAUGCAAAUAUGAGGGUUUUUUUUUACUUAAUUAGCAUUCAGUUCAUAAGUAGCUCAGUGCUUCGUUUAGUUUCGUCAGGUUUCAUUUGGUUCUGUAAAAUAUUUUCUUACGGGAAAGGAUAACGUUCAGUUUUUAACAGGGCACCAUUAUUGCUUAGGAUCUGUAGAAU